AUGUCGAAUGGACGAAAAUACGAAGUGAAUGGCAGUGAUGUAAACGGACAGUGCAGGAUACAACCAACCCCUUGCCUAUGGAUCACACCUCCGGCCUUUGGGCAGCAGCCUAUAACGAAUGGAUUUCCAAUAUCUAAUUCCACGAAUGUUGUCGCAUCGAACAACGUAGCUACUCCUGUAGUAAUCUACAGAGGGAGAGAUUGGCUGGUUCCCGCCGUCUUAUCCUGCUUGUUCUGUUUUUGGCCCGCCGGAUUAUGUGCCAUUGUGGCAGCAGUCAACGCAAGAAGUCGUUAUGAAGUCGGAGAUCACGUCGGUGGACAAUCUAGUGCCACGACGGCUAAGAUUCUGACGCUGAUCUCCUUUGGAGUCGGCCUGGUAUAUCUCAUUUUGUUGGCUGUCAUGUACUUCACUGUUUGGCGAUUUGAAAAAGAUCGCUUUGGCUUCACUACAAAAGACCCAUUUGAUAUCUUUGAAUUCACUACAAAGAAUCCUUGGGACAUCUAGCAAAAGAAAUUGUGGACGAGAAAAGAUCCCCCUUAUGAAUGUGUGAUUUUUGAAAAUGUACAAUAGCUAACAAAGGAUCUGUUUACCAUUGUCGUCCAGCAGUAUCAAUUUGUAGUUGUGUUAUGUGAUUAAUUCGACAUGACAAGACAAGUCUUGUAUUAGAAGCAUUUUGUGUACCUUGACAUACUCUCUUUCAUUCUAUGUAUUCUGAUGAUGAAUAAAGU